AUUUUUCGACAGAAACGUUUUAUAAGCGGCAGAAAUACAUUCAACAAGCCACACAGUAGUGAGUUGAGUAGUAGUGCGGCAGCGCUACAAUUACCAAUUUAUUUUCAAUUAUCGGUUUAUAGGUUUUGAGAUCGAAACUGUAAGAACUGAUUUUAUCGAUUGAUAUCAGCAGCAGCUCAAGUAUGGGUGAAGUUGAAGAAUUGCUGACCAAGAAAGUGGCGGAUCGGUAUCUGAAGCGCGAGGUUCUCGGGGAAGGGACUUAUGGUGUUGUUUUCAAAGCCAUUGAUACUAAGACAGGACAAACAGUUGCAAUUAAGAAAAUUCGCAUUGGUAAGCAGAAGGAAGGUGUGAAUUUUACUGCCCUUCGGGAAAUUAAAUUGUUGAAGGAGCUUAAGGAUCCGAAUAUCAUAGAGUUGAUUGAUGCCUUCCCUCAUAAAGAGAAUCUGCAUCUCGUUUUUGAGUUCAUGGAGACAGAUCUAGAGGCAGUCAUUCGCGAUAGAAAUAUUGUCCUUUCACCUGCUGAUAUCAAGUCCUUCCUUCAGAUGACUUUAAAAGGACUUGCUUUCUGCCAUAAGAAAUGGGUCUUGCAUAGGGAUAUGAAACCAAACAACCUGUUAAUAGGGCCUACUGGACAACUUAAACUAGCAGAUUUUGGUCUAGCACGUAUAUUUGGGAGUCCAGAUCGAAGAUUCACCCAUCAGGUAUUUGCAAGAUGGUAUAGAGCUCCUGAGCUAUUGUUUGGUGCAAAACAAUACGGUCCUGGGGUGGAUGUGUGGGCUGCAGCUUGUAUAUUUGCUGAGCUCUUGCUACGCAGACCAUUCUUGCAGGGCAACAGUGACAUUGAUCAACUGGGGAAGAUCUUUGCAGCUUUUGGAACUCCAAAACCCACACAGUGGCCUGAUAUGAUCUACCUUCCUGAUUAUGUUGAGUACCAGUAUGUUCCUGGACAGCCACUCCGUACGUUGUUUCCAAUGGCUAGUGAUGAUACUUUAGAUCUCCUGUCAAAGAUGUUCAUGUAUGAUCCCAAAUCUAGAAUUUCAGCCCAGGAGGCACUUGAACACAGGUACUUUACAUCUGGACCUCUGCCCACUGAACCAGUUUCUCUCCCGAGACCCCCUCCAAAGAAAGAGUCCAAGGCAUCAGAUUUUAAUAUCCAGGAUGGUCCUACUGUGUUGUCUCCUCCCAGAAAGUCUAGAAGAGUUAUGCCUAAUCGUGAUGGACCUGAAGGAAGUGCAAACCAUGUGCAUAGGAUUGAUGAUCACGGAAAUGAAAGGCUUGCUGGUGGUGAAAGGAGUGAACAUGCUCCCAUGUCACUGGAUUUUUCAAUCUUUGGAAUGAAACCCCCUGUCAGACCAACAAUUAACAGUGCUGAUAGAACACAUUUAAAGCGCAAACUGGAUCUUGAAUUUCAAGGACCUGAAGAGCAAUAACUUGUAUACAUUUAAUAUGUAGCAUUUGACAUUAUUCGUAGCUGUCGUCUGCUUCUCUCACUGAGGUAUGGGAAACAUCUGAAGCUUACGAAGAUGUGGAAUUAUUUAUUACCAGCAAUUGACAGCAAGAAAACAGUACUUAUAUCUUCCAACUAAUCAUGUGCAAUAGCUUUGUUUGGAGUCCUUCAUAGAUGUGAGCAGUUCGUCUCAGGCUUUAAAGUUACUAGCUAAACUAUAUUGUAAAGAAGAUGAAAUAGGCCCCUGAUAGGGUUUCUGGCGGUUAUCUGUUUUCAACGAGCCUGUCAAAGCUUUUAAGAAUUUGUGUGCUCAUUUAGUCCUAGAAAAAGAGUUUCAUCAUGAUUUUGAUAAUAAAAUUUUGAUAUCUUAUUUCAUUUGUAACUACAGGAAAGAAUUGUAGCAGAGGCUGUUUCAAAUUAUAUGAGUUGUACAAGACAUGGCUCAAAUGUUUACUAUUGAUAUUGGGGUUAUUGGAUUUUAUAAGAAGAUUGUUACUUAAA